AUGCUGACUGUCCAGCCAGUCGCAGAGCAGGGUGACGGGGAGGUUCCCCCGGACCUACCCCCAGAAGUUCAGAAAGAGUAUGAUGGGAUUGAGAAGUGGUUGGACGAACACCCAGAAUAUGUUCACGAUUAUUUUGCUCGGAAAGCUCAACAAAGUAUGGUUGAUGGAUGGUUGAUAUCUCACGCUAUAAAACAAUCCGGACUAACCUCGGAACCAUCCUCCAGUAGUUCUAAUUCUAAACCUAGCUCAGGCGCCAACACCCCCGUUCGCAAAAUAUCUGCUCAAGAGUUUGAUAAGGGUGGAAUAUUAAAACCUAUGAUCUCAAAAGUAGACGGAACCCCGACGUUUCUGGAUCCUGUGCCAUCAACGUCUGGUCAAGGAAAGUCCCAUCGGAAAUCUAAAAGUGAGUUAAAAUCGCUGGAUGAAAGGGAGUUAAUGUACGAACUUGUGAUAGAUAUUUGUAAUGAUCUGGAUUUAAGGAGUUUGUGUUAUAAAAUUUUGUUAAAUUUGUCUAUCGUGUUAAACGCAGAUCGGUGCUCGUUGUUUUUAGUCCAGGGGAAAGGAACUAAUGAAAAAUGGCUCGUUUCGCAACUUUUUGAUGUUUGUUGUGAUUCAACUUUUGAGGAAAUUUGUGAGCGCGAGGAGGAGAUUCGGAUUCCGAUGGGUAAGGGAAUUAUUGGAUAUGUCGCUCAGACAGGAGAAGUUGUGAAUAUCCCAGACGCUUAUCAGGAUAUAGUCUGGAAUACAUUCUACACUAAUAAUAAAACAUAUUAA